GAGGAAAAUGGGAAAGAAAAGGAGAAGAGGAGAGGGGAGGUGGUGGGUGACGGAAAUGGAAAAGAGAAAGAGAAGGGAGAGGGGAGUGUGGUGUGUGCUGGAAUGAGGGUAUAAAAUUAGGGUUUUUAAUUAAAAAUAUAAAAAGUUAAUUUAAAAGUAAGAAGAAAAAUUAACUUAGGAUAAUUUUGGAAAAAAGUAAAUUGAGAGGUGCUGGAAGAAGGCCGUGGUGAUGGAGGGAGCAUCUUUCUAGAAGAAUUAGGUCAUUCAUCCUGCUCCCUAUUUUGCUUUUGAUGAAGUUUUCAAACUAAAAAGACCAACAGUCGUUCGCACACCAUCGCGGAACCCAUCGCCAUUGACGCCGAAAUUGGGAGUUGUCGAGUCCAUCGCCAUUGACGCCGCUACAGAUAUGGCUGUCGAGAGUUUUGAACCCGCCGUCGUUGACUCAACAUCGAACGGUGAGCCCAACCAGAAGCGGAAUAGAGAGAACAACAAUGACGAAAUUUGAAGAAGCAGAAGGUGGAGCGGGAAGAGGAAAGGAAACAUUUGAACGGAGAGGAUGAAGAAGAGAAGAAACCCUCGGGUCUCGUGAAAUUGGGUUUCAUAAGUUUCGCCUCUUCUGUGAAAUAGGGUUUCAUAAAGUUUUGCCUCGUCGUCUCCGUUGGCUACUGUGGCAGCCAAAUAAGCUUUGUCUCCUCCUACGCCACGUUCAUCGUCGACAGGUUUGAGGUUAUUAUCAAAGAUAUGAAGAUAAAAUUGCUCAGUGGGAUGAACAUUUUACUAGAAAAUGGUAUGAAGACUCAAGCUAUUUGCUAUACGUGUAUAAUAUUAACAGGUUGAAACUUUUGGUGCCAUGGCCAAGACCGAGAAGAUUGCAUUCAUUCUUGAACAAGUUCGUUUGUGUCUAAACCGUGAGGAUUAUGUUCGUGCACAAAUACUUUCUAGAAAAAUUAGUCCAAGAGUAUUUGAUGCUGAUACAUCUAAGGAAAAGAAAAAGCCUAAAGAAGGUGAUAAUGUUGUUGAAGAGGCCCCUGCAUAUAUACCUUCUUUGCUGGAGUUGAAGCAGAUCUACUAUGAGCUAAUGAUCAGGUUGAAACUUUUGGUGCCAUGGCAAGACCGAGAGGAUAUAUUGGGAGUAACAAGAGGAGUGUUGCUUACAAGUUAGAUCCACUUCCACGGUGAUUUCAUGGUGCAAGGACCAGUAUUUGUGACUGAGGCUGGAAAGAAAAAAAAAUUGUAUAUCUGUUUCAUCCAUUUUGCUGCUGCAAACAAUUCAUUUAUUCACUUGUAUCAUAGUAGUUACUGUAUAGAGACAGACCAAUUCUUUGUAAGAUUAGAUCAGAGUUGCUUGCUGUUGUAGAAAACAAAGUUAUCCUAUUAUUGAGAAGAUUUUUUUGUGUGAA